CUCUCUUUCAUCUGCAUGAUCUUAGGAAAAACACCAUCUUCUACUAAUCUGCAUCCUUAUAAUUUCAAGAAUUCUUUUUAAUUCUCACCUGGUAAAAUUAUGGCGAGUUUAAAAUCUGGGGUUCUUGUAAAGUUACUUGAAGACAUGAAAAUUGGUGACGAAAAUGCCACGUUAGAAGAUAGGAAUAAGCCUGCAUUGUUACAAAUCAGAAGCAUAGUUCCUGUCCUAGAAGAAAGAAAUUUAUUGCCUAAUAGGGGAUUUUACCUCAAGAUUUCAGAUGCAUCACACGCAAUUUAUGUCACAUUGCCCCAAGACCAAAAUGAGCUAAUUUUAGGCAACAAGUUAAAACUAGGACAAUUCAUUUAUGUACAUAAAUUGGAGGAUGCAGAACCAUUUCCAUUGCUUAAAGAUUUAACACCUCUCCCUGGUAGGCGUCCGUGUGAUGGAACCCCUGAAGAUAUUGGUUCGGUUCCAAAUUUUGAGAAGAUUCUUGAUUCAUCUAAUUCUGAUUUUAUUGUUGAAAAGGGUGUCAUUUCUGAAGAAAAGAUUAUGGAAUCAACCAAUUUAAGGAGGUUAUCUUUAGAGCCAUCUGAUAUAGAGGAAGUGAGGAGAAAAAGUGAUGUUCUUGAGAAUAGUACUGCUAACGGUAAGUUUAGGUCAUUGAGUGCUUCAAAAACUCGUCCAGGAAAUAAAAGAUCUGAUGUUGAGAGAAGAAAUUCUGAUGCUCUGGGGUUAGUUAGUAGGAGUUGGAGAAUGUCUGUUGAUAAUGAUAGUGAUACGGAUAGCACGGUAUCUUCAGUGUCAUCAUCGACCUGGAAUUCUAAGAGGAAAAGUUGGAAUGAGUUAAAGAAUUUGGGAGCUGAGGAGAUUUUUGAUUCUUCAGUUGUCAAACACAAUAUCAGACCACCACGUUGUCGCAGUGCAACUGUUUCACCUGUUCGUUCUGUCAAAUACGACAGCUCAGAUGACAAUUCAAGUUCAAUAUCAAGAAGAAGGCUUGUUGGUUCUGCAAAGAAAAUAGUCAAGAGUUCAACUAAGAGCAAGAAUUCUAUGUCAAAGGUAAACUCUGAACAAGCCUUCCAUCCAAUUAAAGGCUUAGUGUAUGACAGACAAGGCGCAGAAAGUGGGAUUUCAUGGGAUUCCCUGCCCUCAAGUUUGGUGAACCUUGGCAAGGACGUUGUAAAGCAAAGAGACAUUGCUCUCUUUGCAGCUGCUGAUGCUUUGCAAGAAGCUUGUGCAGCUGAGAGGCUGCUCAAUUCGUUAAGCAAAUUCUCAGAGUUUCAUUUACCUGAAGAAGAAGAUUUACAGCCUCAUGUUGAUACAUUUUUGGAUCUUCAAGAUGAUAUGGCUCAGACAAGACUAAUAAUGAAGUCACUGACAAAUACAAGUCCAAUUAGAACAGGAGAAACUGAUUCAAGUAGCGCCAGUUCAGAUAAUGAAGUGACUAUUGCGCUGCAAAGAAAGAAAAAUGCAGCUGCAUGGAUAAAAUCUGCUGUGGCUUUAGAUCUUUCACCAUGCUCCACUUCCCUCAAUCAAAUUCUUAACACUAUGACCGUCGCCAAUACAUUGAAGAAGUCAAGUACAUCGAGUCACAGUACCAAACAAAAAGGCGCUAGCAUUAUUAGAACUGACAAUAGAAACACUGAUGACAUUUCUUUUGGAUUGACAUCCAACAAUGACGCGGAUUUUGAAUGGACCAGUGGUAGCACUAUCCCUGCAGCUACUCGCCUAGUUUCUUCAUUGCAGGACGAGUGUAGAAAAAAGUUUUUGUGUUACAUAGAGAAAUAUAUUAAUGAACUUGAAAGAAAAAUGUCUCUUAUGGUAUCAGAUAACCAAGUAGCAGCAAUGAUGUAUAAGGUCAAGAGAGUAAAUGACUGGUUAGACAUGAUCAUCAACAAGGAGGCAUAUCCUCAAAAAGACGCGAGCAAAGAAGGUUCGAACUUGGAUGAAACAGAAAUUGAAGCAUGUAAUAGGGUGAGGAACAAAAUAUAUGGGAUCCUACUGAAGAAUGUAGAGAGGACUGCUAUGGCUUUUGAAAGUAGCAAUGCAUCGUUACAUCGUUGACAACUGAGAUUUCUACUGUUAGCUCGUAUUAAACUUGAAGAGUACAUUGAGGCGACAAUAUUCAAUCAGAAUUGCUCUGUAAGUAGUGGACAAGUGCAUAUCAUUCUCCCAAACCUAAGGUUUAUUUCCACGCCACAACACUCUCUGCACAUAUGCUUCUGUAAAUAGAACUCCAUGUAAAUGUCCUUAGACAACUCUAGUUUCUCCUUUUAUUAUUGUGAUGCCAAAUAGUCUACUUAUAACUUCUUAUUUUUGCUUGAUUUGUACGAGCUACUAGA